AUGGACAUCUCUGAGCCCGCUGAGGAGGAGAGCCGUCCCUCGGGAGUCAAGGACCUGAGCUGCAUCGCUGGGGGCAUCCGCAAAGUGUUCUGUCGCUCUGCCCUCACGCCCCGGGAGAAACAGGUGGUGUACUCAGGGUUGGUGGCGUGGGUCGGCGUGGCGCUGGGGCUGGUGCUGGCCUACCCCCCGCUGGCCCUCCACGUCUGGACGCGAGAGAGGGACGUCACUUUGACCCACCAGGAGAUAUCAUGGUUCAGAAGUGUGCUGUACCUGGGUUCGAUCCCCGGAUCCGUGGUGGGGGGGAUGUUGAUGCAGCUGCUGGGACCUCGCCGCCUGCUGCUGCUGCUGCUGCCUGGCCUUGCUCUGUCGUGGCUGCUGCUACCCCUCGUUACACCGCACGCCCCCACACUCAUCGUCCUCCGCGCUCUGCAGGGUGUGCUGGUGGCCGGCUGUGGCCUGAGCGUCUACGUGUACCCGUGCGAGGUGGUGGAGGCGCGGCUGCGAGAUGUGGUGGGCGCCCUUCCUGAGGCGGCCUUCUCCCUGGGCUUCCUGCUGGCCUACCUGCUGGAGGCCGCCCUGCACUGGUCCGUCGUGGUGUUGCUGGUGCCAUCCUGCCUGCUGUUGCCCACCGCCCUCGCCGUGGCCCUCGUGCCGGAGUCCCCGGCAUGGCUCCUUCAUCGUGGCCGCCUGAAGGAGGCCCGUGAGGUGCUAACCGCCCUCCGCCCUGCCGGUGUCAGUGUGGAGAAGGAGCUGCUCACCAUGCAGCUGGAGGGCGACAAGCAGCGCGGGAAGGAGCGUGGUUGUCCCGUCUUCCUGCUGAGGCAUGCGAGGUUCCUGCUGCCCGUGCUGGCGGGACUCAUUCUGGUGCUGCUGAAGGAGAGCACCGGCCAGAUGGUGCUGGUGCUGACGCUGAGCCGCGUGCUGUCAGGCGGCGCCGUGGGCCUGUCGCCGCUGUGGGGCAGCGUGGUGGUGGGGGCUGCCAGGGUGGCCGCCAACCUGGGCGGCUGCUGCUUCCUGCUGCGCCACUUCUCCCGUCGGGCCGUACUGUCCCGCGCCUCACUCACCGCCGGAGUGGCCAUGGUCGUGCUGGCCAACUACUACGCCUCUACCGGAGAACACUUCUGGCCGCAGGUGACGCCCUUCGUGUUCACGGUGGUGUUCGUGGUGUGUUACGGCGCCGGCGUGGGUCCCGUGGCCAGCCUCAUGGUGUCCGAGCUGCUGCCGGGGCCCGUGCGUGGCCUGGGCUCGGGCCUCGCCAACGCUGUCCUGUGCGGCGCCCAGUUCAGCCUCACCUUCAUCGCGCCCUCCACUGACCAGGAAUUCACGUUCUCCUGCUGGGGCUACGGAGGCGGCUGUCUCCUGCUGGCGGGCUUCGCCCUCCUGUUGCCAGAGACGCGGUGCCGCCCCCUGGAGGAGCUUGAGGUGUUCUGGCGGGAGGCCACCGCGAAGGGCGUGUGUGGGGGAUACUCCCCGUGCUGUUCCCCAACACCCACACACCGCACCUCACCACCUCAGCCUCGCUCCCCAGCACCUUCGCCCUCAGCUUCCCAGGCCUGUGUCCAAGCUCCCCGCCCCUGCGCCCCAUCGCCCCUUCCCGUCACCCCACCCUCCUCGCUGACUCCAACACCUCCACCCCGCUGCUCAACAUCCCAUCGCCGCACGUCACCGCCACCACCACCACCACCCACACCUCCCCUCAAGCAGGCGGCCGAGCAGACAGCCUUGAGGGCGUCGCCGGAGCAGCACAGACAGACGUGA